GCCAGCAGCGCCACGCCGUGCUCAUCCCGGAAGCCCGGCGGUGGUGGGGGCAAGGAGCCCCACAGGGACCCCCAGGCCCUGCGGUCCUGCCACUGGAUGUUAGCCAGAGCCCAGCCAUCCGCGUAUACUUUGUUGGCCUGGAACUCUGAGUGAUUGAGAUCUGGCAGUGCCGCUGUCAUGUCGGCCAGGCAGCCAGCAUACUGGUCAUCAAAGGACGCUGGGGCCAUGUCCAGGGGUGUUUCUUGAGAAAAGAUGUCUAGUUGUGAGAUGGAGUAACUUUGAACCUGAGGGAUUUAGUGAAGCCAGCAGCUCAGUGACCUGCCAGGCUGCUGGGGAAGGAUGACCAUACCUGAACUCCGUCCCUGAGACCCACAGACACCAGUAGGAGAGACAUCAUAGCAGGGAUCUUCAUGUUGGAGAUCUUACGGGAAGAACCUAUCGUCCACGAAGGAGAGUUUCGCCCCUCAACCACCCAAGGACUCUGCCAGUCCAGCUCCCACGCCCCUGUCUGUUGUUGGGGAAGAUAGGUGUCGGGUUACCAGUCCAGGGGCUAUAGUUAGCCCCGGGGACUUUGUUCAGCUGUCCGGGAUCUGCGCAGCGCCUGCCCGCACUUCAGCUCCUGUCUGCCGCAAAGGACUAUAGCCCCAGGCCGUUCUCUGCCUUCACCACCUCCAGACUCACCCUCGGCCCCGCCCCGCAUCCCUCCUGAGUCCUUGACUAAGGACCCUCUCAGGCUGAAGAAGGAAGGUCCUGGAGUCCAUCCAAGCCAGCACCCCCCUCCACUGGCUUCAUCAUAAUCAGGAUCCUGCCAUCUUGAGAGUCCUCCGAGGAUGAUUCUGGAGGAUCUUCUGAUGGUCCUCAGCUGCCUCGCCUUGCACAUCCUCUGGAAGGUACAAGCUGUCCCUAUCCUGCCCCUGAGCCUGGUUCCGGAUACCUUCGAUGAUGCCUAUGUGGGCUGCUCUGAGGAGAUGGAGGAGAAAGCAGGCCUGCUGCUAAAGGAAGAGAUGGCACGCCAUGCCCUGCUACGGGAAUCCUGGGAAGCAGCGCAAGAGGCCUGGGCACACGGGCGUCACAAGCUUACUCUACCUCCUGGCUUCAAAGCCCAGCACGGAGUAGCUGUUAUGGUGUACACCAACUCAUCCAACACCUUGUACUGGGAGCUGAACCAGGCUGUGCGGACAGGAGGUCGCUCCCGGGAGCUCUACAUGAGGCACUUCCCCUUCAAGGCCCUGCAUUUCUACUUGACCCGGGCCCUGCAGCUGCUGCGGGGCACUGGAGGAUGCAGUAGGGAAGCUGGGGAGGUGGUGUUCCGAGGUGUGAGCAGCCUUCACUUUGAACCCAAGAGGCUGGGGGACUCUGUCCGGUUAGGACAGUUUGCCUCCAGCUCUGUGGAUGAAAGAGUGGCUCGCAGGUUUGGCAACGCCACCUUCUUCAAUCUAAGGACUUGUUUUGGGGCUCCUAUCCAGGCUCUGUCUGUCUUCCCUGAGGAGCGUGAGGUGCUGAUACCCCCACAUGAAGUCUUCUUGGUCACUGGGUUCUCCCAGGAUGGAGCCCAGAGCAUAGUGACGCUCUGGAGUUAUAAUCAGACCUGCAGCCACUUUAACUGCGCCUAUUUGGGUGGGGAGAAGAGACGUGGCUGUGUGUCCUCAAGAGCAGGGCAGCCAGAGUCGUUCUCCACAGAGGCUUUGGCUCUGCAAUCAGGGAAGACGCUGCUCUUGGCCCCUGGGGAGUUGCAGCUCUCCAGAGCUGGACCCUGAAACCUCUUAGGAAGCUUGGGAACUGAUGACCUUACGAUGAAGAAGGGGCUUUGAACGGCCUCAGGAAGCAGGAAUGUGGUUCUGGUUCCAGUCCUAGGGGCCACCUCUCCAACCAGAGCUGGAGACCUGAGGCCAUGGCAGGGUUGAGGGAACCCCACUGUGUGGCGGGGACUUCCUAGGACAUGCAAGGUAAAGACUGGAUGGCUACUCAAUUAAACAGAGUUGCGGUGUA